AUGCCUUUUUAUAAAUGUUUACAUUGUCCACAAAACAUUACUAGGGAUGAAAAAGAAUUUAAACCAGCUAUACAAACUGAUAAACCCGGUCUUUGGGAUGAUGAAAAACAAACUGAAGAAACCCUUUUUUCAGAUGAUGACUUUAUAAUGUAUUAUUAUGAGGAUGAAGCUGAACAAAUGAUAUUAGAUCAAAAUGCAGAAUCUUCAGCUGCAGUUUCAAAAUCUAAAACUAUAUCAGAAGCUUUUUCUCAAGAAACAAAUGAGGAAAAUAAGAAGUUUAAUAUCGAUAGUGAAACAGAUGAGGAGGAAAUUAAUGCUGGCUUAACAUUUCCGUUAUUUAUUGAUGAAAAUGAUUAUCGUGAAACCACAUUGGAUGAUGCUAUAAAAGACAAAAAUCAUCCUCUCAGCACCGAGUGGCCAAGUAAUAUUUAUCGGCAGUUUAUGGAAAUCGUCACUGAAUAUCAGUUACCAAAUUCAUGUGGCGAUAGAUUAAUCAAAUUAUUUAAUUCAAUCGAAAAUGUUGAUAAAAUUUGUUUCCAAAAUCUACCAAAGAGGGCCAAAAAUUCCUUGAUAACAGUAAUUUUCCUUAUAUGA